AUUGUUGUGAUAAACUUAUUAAAUAGAUGAAAUGAUUUGAGUAAGUUUAGAAUAAUGGUAGUUUACAAUUCGACCCUGGACAAUGAGCUGGUGGACUUCCUGCAAGUGGCCAACAGUCUCCUGUCCAAAUGCGGAAUCGCCUUCAAGAUCAGAUCACUGGACGAUUUCACUGCAGAUAUGUUCGUGUUAGUGUUCGAGAAUGUUCUGCAUUGUAAGCUAGAAGAGAAAGUAGAAAUGCCCCAUUCAAGAGAAGACAACGUCCACAAUGUGCAGUGUGUGAUAGACUCUCUGGCUAUAGACAUUCUCAACAUUGACCUGAGUCACAUUACAGGAGAAGCUGUGGUGGACGGGGACAGACAGGCACUCUGUAAUUUGCUGGAGAUAUUCGCAGGAGUGGCCGAAUAUCUGUCCGUAGACCACAACGUCUCUCAGAUAACCAACGUGUCAACCGAGAGAGCAGAUCUACUCAACGACCCAGACAUAGUGACUGGGAGAGGUCUGAAUGCAAUCAGUGAAGAGGGUUCAACUAACGAGUACUUAACCAGUAACUUCUCUCUGAAUCUGAACGAGAGAAAUAACAGGUUGGGUCAGUCUAGAGGAGACGUGAAUGAGCUAGACACAAGAUCAGAGACGAAAGGAAAGAGUAAAAGAGUGGUGUCGAGGGAGGUCAAAUCAGCAGGAGGGGAUGCCAACAUGAGAUUGGCCUCUCCGAGUUUUGGUUUCUCAAAAGAACUCUCGCCAUUAGCAAUCACAUCGCCCGACCUAGUCAUGGCCAACGCCAGCAACCACCUUAGACACGCGCCUGCUUUCUGGGAUUUAAACGAAGCCGGCGAUGCCAGAAACAGAGGACCGAUUGUUCCGAACACCUCCUUUGGGACGUCAGCGGGCGGAGAUUUCCUGACUGAGGAACCGUUUUCAAGUAGAAGUGCGAAGAGUGAAACGAGUAGUAAAUUCACGGGAGUUCACCCGGUCUUGACUGAUAACGACGAAGAUGAAGCUAGCAGCAGUGCGUAUGGAGACAUAGGACGUGAAAAGGACAAAAUGUUGAUGGCCAGAUUGUCCAUGAACUCGGCUGGCGCUGUGAGUGACCAUGGAGACAGUGCUAGUACAGUCUACAGGCCAUUCAGUGUGACAGAACAGGCCAAUGACAGGCAGUCGCCCGGCAAAUCAAAGCGCGGCGCAAAAUAUGCAUGGGGUGGCACUGUCGAAUCGAAUCAAUCGACAAACUUGACUCAAGCUAACGAAAGCGAACGAAUCUACGAGAACAUUUCUGGCUCCGGCUUCAGACGAGACAACUUAGAAGCUACUAAUAACACUUCGCUUGAAACGAGAAACAUUUCUAUCCAAGACUCAACGCGGUCAAGUCUGUUUCCUCGACCUGUAACGAGCAUAGAAAUUAACCCGAAAGCUAAUGAUGAACUGCAUAAAUCCGAAGUUGAUUUUCAAGUCGUGAAAGAUUACAAGGGAGACGUGAAAAAAGCGAAAGAUCGGUUAAACGAUUCAGCUCGUCUAAGCAAAACUGAAACUGCUACUACGAGUAAAAUGGUGUCUACCAGUACACAAGCAAAGGAGGUACCGGUAGUUUUAAAAGACAGUUUCAAUGAUACGUUUACGACAGUAGAAGGCAAUUAUCUGUCUCUGAAAGCAGAGUUGAAAGAUGCUGCGGUUCAAGAUAGCAACCGAGGCGCCAAUUUAGUCAAUAAACCCGAACUUGUAAAUAGACCUGUAUCGCCUAUAGAGUCAAUUUUUGAGCCUAAAAAUACUUCUUGCCAAGAUGCUUCAGUGCAAUGCAGUGCCAAAGGGUUCCGUAAAGGAUCCGCUAGAACUUCGGCACCAAGUACGAAUUCAAACCGAAAACCCUCCAAGCCGAUGCCGGAUGUUUUCGAGCGACUAUAUCCAAAAAGGGGUUCUGGAAAUGUAAGUAAAGACAGUAUUGGCAAUGAAAUAACGGCUAGAAGUGGCGCUGAUAGUAGUCUAUCGAUUACGGGGUUGACUUUGAACUCGGCAUCGAUUCUGGCGGAGAAUCCACCGCCUCUCGUUAUUACGUCUUCAUCAGCAAGAAAUGAAUCUGCUAAAGGUCAGCAAUUACCGUCUGAAAGGAGAACAACUGAUAUUAAUGUUUUCAAAGCUGAAAACAGUAAAUAUAAACCAGAGUGUUUGAAACUAAAUUUGGUAGAUUUGAGCGUGAGCGCAGAUACUUCAAACUUCUCAGAAAGUGUGAGUAAAGAUCAAAUCGGACACAUAGGUGAGAAUAGAGAAGGCGUGAUGAGUUAUAAUAACUCAUCGGAAUAUGACGCAAUCGACCGAAUUCAAACCGAGGAAGAAUACGAAGCGAUUCGUAAAAGACUUCUGGGAAAGCUGCAGCAAUUCCGAGUCAGUGGAAAUGGAAUGUCGUCUGCUUCGGGUGCUCUGCAUAGAAAUCUAGAGGAAAAGGGAGGGUUUGAGGAGUUUGGAGCGGUAGGGGAGGAGUUGCGGGGUGCUCCAAAGGAGCUAUCGGGAAAGUGGAGACAUGUAAGGGAGAAAUUGGAAGAAGAAACAGAAAGAGAAAAAGAGAACACCGAAAGUCUCAAAAGAAACCUGGCCAAAACGUUUCGACAAGUCAGACAUGCGGAGGAGCACAAAGCAAUCAUGCAUCAAGUCAAGCUGGACAAAAUUCACAAUGACCUGAAAUCUCUCCACAAAAUAACUACCAGUAACUACAACAAAAGUCAAAAUAGAAAGAAAUAUGCUCGAGGAGUUAUUAUCAGUCAGAGACCUGGUUCGACGUCUAGAAGUUCAGCUAACAGAAGUUCAGGAAACAGAAGCUUGAGCUCACGAAAAUCGAAAACUAUGAGAAGUGUCCAAAGAACCAGAAAAGCUAAAGACUCAUUCAAUGAGUCUUUUGAAGAUAACUCGACGUCUAGAAGCUCUCAGUUAGAUGGAAAUAGCACCGAAAUAGGUCAAGAAAGUUCGAGGUCCGCUAGAGUAGGUGCGAAAGGUAUCCCUGAAAUUGGUCAAAACGAGAUGCUCUCUUUUCUAUUGGACGAGUUUCCCCAGCUGAAAUUGUCGAAAGAGAUGGGGCAUGUUUUGUGGAAGAAACAGCUGCGACAGAUGCAGUAUUUGGCCUCUCAGGCGGCACAGGAGAGUGCGAAACUGACUCUCUCCUCCUCUGACAGAAAUGCACUCUCAGAUGGAACCGGAGGGGGGAUGGGUCGUGAGUUGAAGGAGGCGGAGCGAAGACAGGGACUGCUGAUGGACAUCAUGAAGAAAGAGGUGAGUCACAGUAUCCGUAUGAAGGAGAGGAGAGAGCAACACCAGCGGGAGACGAUAGUGAAGACGAAUGUGAGAGAACAGAAGCAGGCCUCGGCCAGGAUCAGACGAUACUACGACGAGUUCCAGGUUCGAAUGAAAUCGCGGUUGGCAAAGAAAAAGAGCAAGGAGGAGCAGAUAUUCAGACAGCUGUUUGACGAAGGCCUAGAGAUCCAGAAGAACCGCAUCGCCGAGAUCAGGAAAUACUGUAGAGAGAAACGAGAAGCUAGGACUAAGAAGCAGAAAAACGAGGUUGAAUCUCUAGAAAACUAUUACCGCGAUCAGUUUGCAAUUUUAGCCGACGCUGUUGAACGCGAGAAGAAAGAGGUGGAAAUAAAUGACCGAACGCAAGCGCUAGCUUUGGAAAAAAUGAAGAAUGAGUUGCGACAGAAAUUAGAAAGUGAUAUAAGGCUACUACAAUCUCAACUAGUGGAAAAUGAUGACGCUGUAUACUUCAGAACUCUAGAAGCAGAUAAAAUGAGAAAGCAGUUGCAAAGUGCGUUGUUCAAAACUCAGUUGUAAAGAGCAUAAAACUUAGUGUAGCGGAGUCUUAAAUUUGUCUCUAGUUCCGAAGUUAUGAAUAUCUUAUUGUCGGUUAGAAGUAUUUGAAUUUUUAAAACAAAUCUGUGAUGAUGGAAAAAAGAGCUCGCAAUCUUUUUUAUCCAAAUUUGUACAUUAUUUGCCGUUUCUGGUUUGUAUAUUGUAAAUGUGACAUAAUUAACUCGCUCGGUUUAUUUUGUUUGUCUGGGUCUUUUAUGUUAUACGGCCCAAAUUAUCGAAUUGUUAAUUGAGUUUCUGAUUUCAU